GUGACCAACACCACUAGUACUAAUAACCUCGCGCUUUUUAGCCGAGCCGUGCAAGCCGGUGCGUGCGAGUGCGAGCGGUACGCGAGGUGAAGGUGAAGGCGCGCGCGACGCAGGGUAGCAGAGGAGAGGGGAGUGCAGAGUGCGCGGCGCGGUAGCAGCGGGGCGCGGAGAUGGAUCACGAGGCGGACGCGUACCGGACGGACCUGAUGACGAUCACGCGGUUCGUGCUGAACGAGCAGAGCCGCAACCCGGAGGCCCGCGGCGACCUCACCAUCCUCCUCUCGCACAUCGUGCUCGGCUGCAAGUUCGUCGCCUCCGCCGUCAACAAGGCCGGACUCGCCAAGCUCAUCGGCCUGGCCGGCGAGACCAACGUUCAGGGAGAGGAGCAGAAGAAGCUGGACGUGCUGUCAAACGAGGUGUUCGUCAAGGCUCUCGUCAGCAGCGGCCGCACCUGCAUUCUCGUGUCCGAGGAGGACGAGGAAGCUACGUUCGUGGACCCUGCGAUGCGUGGAAAGUACUGCGUCUGCUUUGAUCCACUGGACGGCUCCUCCAACAUCGACUGUGGCGUCUCUAUCGGAACGAUCUUUGGGAUCUACAUGAUUAAGGAUAAGGAGAAUGCGACUCUUGAGGAAGUGCUACAACCUGGAAAAAACAUGGUUGCUGCUGGAUACUGCAUGUAUGGCAGUUCCUGCACGCUUGUGCUGAGUACUGGAAAUGGUGUGAAUGGCUUCACGCUUGACCCUUCUCUUGGGGAGUUCAUACUGACUCAUCCAGAGAUCAAGGUACCUAAGAAAGGGAAGAUUUAUUCAGUGAACGAAGGGAAUGCAAAAAAUUGGGACGAGCCUACCGCUAAGUAUGUGGAGAAGUGCAAGUACCCUACGGAUGGCUCAUCACCCAAAUCCUUGAGAUACGUUGGAAGUAUGGUUGCUGAUGUCCACCGUACGUUUUUAUACGGAGGCAUAUUUUUGUACCCUGCAGACAAGAAGAGCCCAAAUGGAAAACUCCGCGUUUUGUAUGAAGUUUUCCCCAUGUCAUACUUGAUGGAGCAGGCUGGAGGCCAGUCUUUCACAGGCAAAGGACGGGCUCUUGACAUUGUUCCUACCAAGAUUCAUGAGAGGUCCCCAAUAUUUCUGGGAAGCUACGACGAUGUGGAGGAGAUCAAAGCGUUGUACGCUGCACACGCGAAGUAAGUUCUGUCUGAUCGAUCUGGGGCAACCCAGGGCGUGUGAAUGGAUUCCCUGGCCUUACUGUAACAUGCACGAUUCAUCAGGCACUUCUUUUAUUGGUCUUUGCUGUAAGUUACUUGUAACAUUCAGUGUAAUAGUAUCGAGGCCUGGAACAGCUUCAUGAGGAACUAAGGCCUCUUCUACUGCUUACAAGAAGUCGCUAAUACAUACGUCCAUGCAUUCUAGCAA